AUGUUUCUCCCAGGACUUCGAAAACAACUGAUACUCCUCUGGAUAUUGGGUAUCUCAUUGGUUUCUGGAUCGACUGUCCACUUCAGCGAACAGCAGCCACUUGGUCCUCUGCGAGAAGAGCAGCAACCAAUUCGAAUCGAACCAAAACACCCCAAAGCCCUUCCUGCCAUCCUCGAGGCGCUGGACGUUUUGCAGGACGAAUACUUUGCGAUUUGGCAGGGAAUAUGGCCAACCUCAAUCGAUUGGACGUCUGCGGUCAUCGGAACAUACUUAUCGGCUGCCCUGAGCACAAUAUCGACCUCCUUCCCAUCUCUAUCCUCUCCGAAAGACGCAGAGAAUAUCCUUAACAAGUUCUUCUCCCAGCUUUCCGCCUCAUAUUUUGGCCAAGACGCCUUUGCUUUGCGGCAAGAAGCGUACGAUGAUAUGUUGUGGGUGGUUCUGGGAUGGCUGGAGAGUAUAAAGUUUAUCAAUACCCACUCGGAAGCUCAUUACGGCGAGAAAUCCGAGACGGUAGGAUGGUAUGGUGAACAAUGGACUCCGGCUUUUGCACAUCGAGCACGUUUAUUCUGGGAUAUUGCGUCGCAAGGCUGGGAUACAACUCUUUGCAAUGGUGGAAUGAUCUGGUCGCCUUAUCUCACUCCCUACAAAAACGCUAUCACAAACGAGCUUUGGAUCGCGGCCUCGAUAUCCAUGUAUCUUUAUUUUCCCGGAGACAAAAAUGCAUCUCCGUUUGGUUUACCCUCGAGCACGGAUGGAGGGGCUAAAGCACACGAUCCCAAAUAUCUUGCAGCAGCAAUCGAAGCAUACAAAUGGCUAAAAGAUAGCAAUAUGACGGAUUCGAAGGGGCUUUACGUGGAUGGAUAUCAUAUUUCUGGCUGGUCUAGCGAGCAUCCAAGGAACGGUUCCAUGCCCAACACGAAAUGUGAUUCAAGGAACGAGAUGGUCUACACAUACAAUCAGGGGGUUUUACUUUCUGGUCAACGUGGUCUGUACGAAGCCACUGGAGCUCGAUCGUAUCUGGAGGAAGGUCACAAGCUUAUUGAGGAUGUCAUUGCCGCCACAGGAUGGAGCUUGAAGCAUCACAGCGUGAUUCCGGAGGAUACGACUGGUCGAAAGCUUGGGAAAUGGCAUGGGCUUGGCCGUUCAGGUGUCAUGGAAGAAUCUUGUGACUCUGAAGCAUACUGUUCCCAGAACGGGCAGACUUUUAAGGGGAUAUUCUUCCACCACCUGACGUUGUUCUGUGCCCUCCUUCCAGAGCACUUGGUUCUUCCCAGUGAGCUCUUUCUUACCAAGGAUCUUGAUCCGCCUUCGAAUCCGCUUGAGAUCAAGAAAUGGCACGAUAAGAGAUGUUCUAGAUACGGGAAUUGGAUCAAACACAAUGCCAAAGCAGCGCUCACGACUAUUGAUUCUGAUGGCAAGUUUGGGAUGUGGUGGGGCGCACCUCUCUCUGAAACUAAACCUGAUGCUGAGGUUGAGCUACCGGAUAAUGCUGUAGAUUAUCGCAACAAUGGGAUCCCUCAGCAGUGGAAGGACAAGAAGCAUAGGCGCGAGGUCCCAGAGCAGAAUAUGGACUUUGAGAAUAAUGAUAGGAAGAUUCGGAUCCGAGAUUUGAAUGAUAGAGGAAGAGGGAGAACGGUUGAGACGCAAGGUGGAGGCAUUAUGGUCUUGAGGGCGUUAUGGGAACUUGUGGAGACUAGAUGA